AUGAACCAGAGAAUUGUGGACAGGCAUUAUUGCAUUCAGAUGAUUCCAAAUAGGAGGAAGGAGACUUUUGAGACAGGUGAAAAACCCAGUGACAAUGGACCUCUUUUUACUGAAUUAAAGUUCUACCAGCGAGCUGCCAAACCAGAACAAAUUCAGAAAUGGAUUCGUACCCAUAACCUGAAGUACUUGGGUGUCCCUAAGUAUUGGGGGUCUGGUCUACAUGACAAAAAUGGAAAAAGUUACAGGUUUAUGAUAAUGGAUCGCUUUGGGAGUGACCUUCAGAAAAUAUAUGAAGCAAAUGCCAAAAGGUUUUCUCGGAAAACUGUCUUGCAGCUAAGCUUAAGAAUUCUGGAUAUUCUGGAAUAUAUUCAUGAGCAUGAGUAUGUACACGGAGAUAUCAAGGCCUCAAAUCUUCUUCUCAGCUACAAGAAUCCUGACCAGGUGUACUUGGUAGAUUACGGCCUUGCUUAUCGGUACUGCCCAGAAGGAAUUCAUAAAGAAUACAAAGAAGACCCCCAAAAAUGUCACGAUGGCACGAUUGAAUUCACCAGCAUCGAUGCGCACAACGGUGUGGCCCCAUCAAAACGUGGUGACUUGGAAAUCCUUGGUUAUUGCAUGAUCCAGUGGCUUAGUGGCCAUCUUCCUUGGGAGGAUAACUUGAAAGAUCCCAACUAUGUUAGAGAUUCCAAAAUUAGAUACAGAGAAAAUAUCGCAGGUUUGACGGACAAAUGUUUUCCUGAGAAGAACAAGACAGAUGAAAUUGCUAAGUACAUGGAAACAGUGAAGUUACUGGAUUAUGCCGAAAAACCUCUUUAUCAAAAGUUACGAGAUAUUCUUUUGCAAGGACUGAAAGCUAUAGGAAGUAAGGAGGACAGCAAGCUGGACCUCAGUGUCGUGGAGAACGGAAGUUUGAAAGCAAAGACAAUAACAAAGGUGAGCUUUGUUACUGAAUUUUCCUUUGGGCGUCCUGUGACUAUAAUUGCAGCAAGUAUUAAUUUUAGGUAA